AUGAAUCCCAAUGACAUCCCUACACUGCAGAAAGCAGUCCUGAUCGAGAAUCCGGGCCUCGAUGCAAGGGUCGUGGUCCGCGAAGAUGUACCUGUUGGAACUCCCGGCCCGUACGAAGUACUUGUUCAACUGAGCUUCACGGGGGUUUGUGGAUCAGAAGUCCGGGCUCUCCAUGGUUGGGGCUCGUACGACCCGAUCGUGGGCCAUGAAGGUAUCGGCAGUGUCGUCAAACUCGGCGAUCACGUCCCCGAGUCUCUUUUGGGACGAAAGGUCGGAGUAAAAUGGCUGUACAGGGCCUGCGGCGAAUGCUCUGUCUGCGUCCGCGGGUUCUCCAACAAUUGCCCGAAGCAGUUGAACACGGGCAAACAACGCCCGGGAACGCUGCAGCAGUACGUCGUUGCCGAUUCACGGUAUCUGACCCCGAUACCGCGGGGCAUCAGCGACGAAGAGGCGGCACCGUUGCUUUGCGCGGGUCUCACCAUGAUGGGCGCAGUCUCGAUGCUGGACAACGACCUGUCUUGCCGUGAUUGGGUCGUCAUCCAAGGCGCGGGAGGAGGGCUCGGCCAUCUUGGUGUGCAAAUCGCGUCCAGGAUAAGAGGGCUUCGCGUCAUUGCGGUGGAUACUGGGCAUGAGAAGCGAACGUUCACGGAGAUCCUUGGAGCAGAGGCCUACAUCGACUACAUAGCUGAUGAUGUGGAGAGAGCGGUUAUGGACUUGACUGGGGAGGGAGCUCACGCCGUUAUUGUCGUCCCCGGGUCUGAGGACGCCUAUCGAAUUGCCCCCAAGCUGGUGAGGUCCAUGGGCACGGUUGUUUGCGUCGGCUUGCCACACAACGAUUUCCAACUCCCGAUAUCAGUCACUCAAUGCGCCAUCAAAGCUUUGACUAUCAAAGGCGCCAUGGUGGGCACGGAGGAGCAAAUGGCCGAGUUGCUUCAAGCAGCGAGUAAAGGAAUCGUCCGGGCAGUCGUGGAACCGUUCAAGUUCUCUGAUGUCCCAGAUAUCAUAGAUCGGCUUGUGAGAGAGCAGAUACUUGGGAGGGCCGUCGUCCGCUGUCUCUGA